UGUUCUCUUCUUUGACAUAUAUUCCGUUAACAUAUCGACAGAUGUGUGCUCGACUAUUUAGUGGGCUGCCAAUACUUCUUACAAGAAUAAAACCACAGCCAAUUCCAUCCAGCCUACCUAGCUAGUCAUGGAGAUGGAUCUACCACCCAAAAUGCUUGCCUCUCUCACCAUCACCAUACUAAUUAUGAUCAUGGCCACCUCCGUCGCACUUGCGUCGUCGGAUGCAGCGGUGCUCGAAGGACAAGCAAGAGCACUCCUCGUCUGGAAAGAUAGCAUCGACAACCAAAGCCAGCAGGCCCUGCGCUCCUGGGGAAACACGCCAGCGCCCUGCAAUUGGCGUGGCAUCACCUGUGGUACCGGUGUGCACCGGCACCGGCCAGUGAUCAACGACAUCUCUCUGCGGGGGAUGCGGCUAAGAGGGGCUCUGGAGUCCCUCAACUUCUCGGCCUUGAGGAACUUGACACGCCUCGACCUCUCACACAACCUCCUUGCUGGGAGCAUUCCUCCUAGUAUCGAGGUCCUUGGCGAGCUCCAUGCUCUCCUUCUGCAAGGCAACCAGAUAAGAGGCUCAAUCCCACUAGGUCUAGGAAAUCUCACAAAAUUGCAUUCCUUAAUGCUUCACGAAAAUGAUCUUUCCGGUGAAAUACCAAGCCAAAUAGGCAACAUGAGUAGUCUUGUCACUCUCAACUUGUCAAGCAAUCACUUGGUUGGUCAUAUCCCUUGUGAAAUAGGACAGUAAAGCACUUAGUUGCAUUAGAUUUGCCCAGUAAUAAUCUAUUCGGUAAAAUACCAAGCAGCAUAGCAGGUGGUUUGACCGAACUCACUAGUUUGUACCUUUACAGUAACAAACUUUCUGGACAAAAUCCACAAGAAGGUUAUCUUCUAAACUUAAAGGACCUACA